GUUCUUUGCUAAAAGUGAUCACACAGAACAUAACUCUGGCCUGGAGGCGGGGAAUUGAUCCGAGAAGUGCCCCAACAAGGUUUUCUUAGUCCCUUCUAUUUAUCGGAAUUUCAUAGGUUAUGGCGUUUAUUCGUUCGUCAAAAUUUCGACAUGUCUUUGGCACUGCUUCUCGAAAAGAUGCAUGUUAUGAAAACUUUCGUGUAACAAACUGUGCCUUCGAAGGUACCUUCAUUGCUGCGAACAAAAAGUUCAUUGCUUUUUGUGUUGAAGUUGGAGGUGGUGGUGCGUUCUGUGUUGUCAAUACUGAUAAAACUGGACGACAAGAUGUCAACUUGCCCAAGGUUAGUGCUCACAAAGAAUAUAUUCUCGACCUGCAAUGGAAUCCUUUUAAUGAUAACAUGAUUGCUACGUGCAGCGAAGAUGGUAGUAUCAAGAUCUGGGAGAUACCCGAUAUAGGAGUUUUGUUAAAUAUGGACGAUAGCAAGGCCUUACUGUCUCUUGAUUACCACGAACGUCGCUGUAUCCAAAUAGAAUGGCAUCCGAUUGCCUCAAACGUAUUGUUGAGCGUGUCACAAGAACCCAAAGUUUGUGUAUGGAAUUUAGACGAAGGUGUAGCUGAAGUCGAGAUAGAAUGCCACCCUGACAUUAUCUGGAAUGCAGCCUGGAGUGGGAAAGGUGACAAGAUUGUGACGUCAUGCAAGGAUAAGAAACUAAGGAUAUUUGAUGCAAGGUCUGGAGAUCUACUUGUGGAGGGUCCUGGUCACGAAGGUUCAAAAGCUCAACGUGUGCUAUUUACCUUCGAUGACAAAUUUCUCUUCACAACUGGAUUUUCUCGCAUGAGUGAAAGACAGUAUGCAUGUUGGGAUGCGUCUGAUUUGAAGCAGAAGAUGCUGGAAGAACUUGACACAGCCAACGGAUGUUUAAUUCCCUACUACGAUCCUGAUAUUCAAAUUAUGUAUAUUGCUGCUAAGGGAGACAGUGUCAUCAGAUAUUACGAACUUGUCGAUACUGAGCCCUAUUGUCACUACAUCAACACUUACCAGUCUAGUGCACCUCAGCGUGGUCUAGCCCGAAUCCCAAAGCGAAGUGUCAACGUCAAUGCUUGUGAAGUUGCGAAGUUUUAUAAACUGUAUGGGACUAAAACAGGAUACAUAGAACCAGUCUCGUUUGCAGUCCCUAGAAAGAGCGAGUUGUAUCAAGACGAUAUCUAUCCCGAUUGCGUCAGUAUCGAAUCGGCGAUCGAGGCCUCUGAAUGGUUUGAGGGAAAGAAUGUGGAACCCAACCGUAUCGACAUGAGAACUCUUUUUGUUGGAAAAACAAAAGCCAAAGCAAGUGGUGGUGGAUUAAAGAAAGGUGGUUUGAAGGGCUUAAAAGCUAAAAAAGAGGCGAAGGAAACCGCUAAAUCUACUGCUUCUAGUGCACCGAAACCGAAGGAAGAAAAGAAGGAAGAGCCGAAAAAGGAAACAAAAGAACCAUCGCCUACUCCUCAGCGUACUUCUGCACCGCCUCAAAAAGUUACCGCCCCCACCGCAGCUGCACCAGGCGUUGACCCAACAGUUGUAAAGGAACUUCAAAGCGAAAUAAAAUCAUUAAAAGACAACGAAAAAAAAAUGAAGGCUGACUUGAAAGCGCUGUCUGAUAAAGUGAAGGAUUACGAUAAACUUGCCGGUGACAUCAAACUACUAUGCGAUGCCGUUAAAAAGAACGACGAAAGAAUCGCCGCCCUAGAAAACCUUGUGCAGGAAGAAUCCGAAGAAGAAGGAGAGUAAGGGGAAGGAUGACAUUCCCACUAGAUAAAAUUUACCAACAUUUAAGAAUUCAGACCCGAGAGAUUUAAUUUAAACAAUUUGACUUUUGUUAUUUCAAAUCCUUUUUUUUAAUUCGGUUAGAUUUUUAUGGUGACCACUUACCUGGAAAUUCCUACAAUUUUAACAAAAAUUUAAAGUUUGUGCCGGAAAGUAAUCGUCUUAAAUUUCUAGAAAGUUAGAAUAUCUAAUCGUUUCGUCUUAAAACCGUCCAAACAAUCUUUUUCUAAAUAUGUUCCCGGAAUGUUCCUGGAAUUUGGGUUUCCAAUUUCCAUGGACACGAUGAUUCUACAGCUGGCUAUUUUUUUGGUAUUUAAAUGUGUUCGUAUCAGACUAUAUCAAACUUGUCUCAUCAAAGAGUUUUGUUUGAGCGAACUUUUUGAUUUUUUUAAUGCAUUUUUGAAAGGGAUUGAUUAUUUGUUGCGUAAAAGUUAGAAUAAUAAAUUUUCAUGUAGCUUUGACCUUCACAACAGACAUGCUGGAAUAUUUCAACAUGUCGUUAAGUGAAAUAUUUGCACUAGGGAUUAUAAUUCUUUUUCUACGCCAAAUAGACAGCAAAAAAAAAUGUCGGGGCAAUUUUAUCAGUUAAAAAUUAAAACUACAUUUUUUAUAUUAUACAUUUGACAUAAUUCUGAUAACUUUUGUUUGGUUAGCAAUGGUUUUGUUCGUGUAAAUUUUUAAGUUUUUUUUUUUAUAGAAAAAUCAUAGUGAUAAAAA